AUGCCAUCAGAAGACCAAGCUGAUUUCGAAGAACAAGAAGAACCACAGACGUCUCUGAGAAUUUUCUCGAAAGAAUGGAAUAAAUGUAUUCAGAAAGGAAAUCAGGAUAGAAUGAUUCAAGCAUUGGUCACUGGACGUGUAGAAAGAGAGCAGAAACUUCAAGUAGCUAGCUAA